AUGGAGGACAUUCGCCACCUGCGGGGCAGUGUGGUGACCCAGCUGUGCCUUGACUAUGGCAUGAUAGACAAUGCAGUCUACUUCACCAGUGAAGAGGUGUUAGGCGGGAUGCCACUGAAAGAGGGGGACCUGGUGAACUGCACAGCAGUAAGAGAUGGUGCCCAAGGGGGAUGGAAAGCUUUAAGGGUGGAGAAGUGUGCAGAUGCUUGGGAGGAUGGCGGAAGAACCUCCCUAGAAGCAGACACUAUGCAGCUGCGGCCUCUCAUUGGCACGGUCACAUCAUUUGAUGGAGAUGGUGGCUACAUAAACCAGACCACAUACUUCCCACGCUGCAGUCUUUGGGAAGGUUAUGAGCCAAUGAAAGGAGACUGGGUCCAAGCAAAAUAUUUUAUCAAUCCCACCCAGUGGACCACCCAGGCUCAUUCUGUGGCCCCUUUACGCUAUUGCCGCCUAGACCAGGUGUGUGUGACAAGUGUGAAUAGCAACAGUGGAGUGGUGGAUGACAGUGUGUUCUUCAGCCUGGGCUCUCUCCUGUUGCCUGCCAACUAUCAGCCUUUGCCAGGGCAUCUGGUUAACCUGGUAAUGGUGGAGAGCAGUCAAUCCAUCUACAGUUGGAGGGCCCUGUGCAUGGCACCCUGUCUACCAAGUGUGAGUUCUUCUACACGACUCCUAGACAAUGAACUGCAGAACAUCUUGGAAAACAAAGGAGAGCUGGACGUCACAGACUACGGACAGUUUGGGCAUCUGAUGAUUGGGGAGAGACGAGAGCUGGUGCUCUGGAUACAAAAUAAAGGUUCAGAGACCCAAAGGCUGAAAUGCUGUGACUUUGCUGGCUGGGACUCAGAAGAACAGUUCAGGCUGGUUACUGACAAAGGGUCCACACUACGGAGACAGAAACAGCCUUUGCAAGAAAACAACUCAGAGUCUGGGCCUGCUCUUGAGUCUUCUGAAAAACAAGUCUGCGAUGGAAAGGAGGUAGACAAAGAAAAUGGUGAAGUGCUGAAGGAGAAUAUCCUUUCCCCUGGUGUAAGGAGGGAGGAAAGAGAGCUGGAUAUUCCACCAGGAGAGAGGCUGUCUGUUGUAGUGGCCUGCCAAGCAAAGAGCCUGGGAAGCUGUGCCGAGCUACUGUUGCUGCAUUUCUCUUCUUUCACCAUCGGGAGGCGCCUGGAGGUCACAGUGGGCAGUGAGGAGGAGAACCUGCUGCAGCCUUUUGCGCCAUACAUUCCCAGUGACGCUCCUGUGGUCCCAGCAAUACCUGCUCACGUGGUCACUGUCUCUGCUCCAAAAUACACACCAAGGCUUCCUAAGCGGCGGCUGCCAAACUUUCUGCCGAACUACCCGGUGCCUCAGUCUCUGAAAGACUGUGUGGAGGCACAGAGCGACGUGCUGGUGGUUCAGCCUUGCCUAGGAGAGGUGCUCUCACCAUCCAACAUGCAUUCACGCUUCUCAGCUCUUCUCUGGCUGGAAGAGCUGCAUGCGGAGAGGGAACUGAGAGAAUUUACAAUCAAUGGAGCCUUUCUCAGGAAAGGAGCAUUUAACCUACACUUAGAGGUCCUCGGGUUGGCUGAAGGCAGACCCGCUCUCAAUAUAGGUGACAGAGUAGUGCUGAAGAAACCACGGAGUGACGGCAUGGUAAUGGAGUACAUUAGUUAUGUCACAGAGAUCAACAAUGAGGAUGUGAGUUUGAGAGUGAACUCAGCGUUUCAGCGCAGCUACCUCGGAGAGCCACUUGAUGUCGAGUUCUCUUACAAUAGAGUGACCAUGAGGCGGUGCCAUAAUGCUCUUGACCAGACGAAACAGUUUGGAGAGAUUCUUUUCCCCUCCAGAGUAUCUCUUCAAACCCCUCAGUGGACAGGAAAAUGGAUAGAGGAGCCAGACCAAAACAAAACAAGAGAGGACAAUGAGGCUCCAGCCAUGGAAAACGGAAAGGUGUCAAGCAUUUCCAUCAACAUGGAGUCAAAGGCCACACAAACUAAAAGCACAGAUGGCAGGCUGCCAUCAAAACCCAUCCCCAGCAAAGGGCACUUCUUUAACCCUGACCUGAACGGUCCUCAGAGAGAGGCAGUGAAGAGGAUCCUGGCAGGAGAGUGUCGGCCCCUUCCUUAUGUGCUCUUUGGACCUCCAGGCACUGGAAAGACAAUCACUCUCAUAGAGGCCAUACUACAGGUUUACCACUUUCUUCCCAGUAGUCGGGUACUCGUAUGUACUCCUUCCAACAGUGCUGCUGACCUCAUCUGCAUCCGCCUGCAUGAGAGUGGCUUCCUGCAUGCUGCAAGUUUGGCUCGUGUCAAUGCAUCUUGUAGGCAGGACGAGUCAAUCCCAGAAGUGCUGAGACAGUACUCGAGGGCAGGAGAGGACAUCCGUCAUGCCUCUUUUCACAGGAUUGUGGUCAGCACCUGCUCCAGCGCUGGCAUGUUCCAUAGUAUAGGGCUACGAGUGGGACAUUUUACCCAUGUGUUCUUGGAUGAAGCCGGCCAGGCUACUGAGCCAGAGUCUCUGAUUCCCAUGAGCCUUGUGUCAGAGAGAGAUGGACAGAUUGUGUUGGCUGGAGACCCCUGUCAGCUUGGUCCAAUAGUGAAGUCCAAGCUGGCCACUGCUUUUGGCCUGGGGGUGUCUUUGUUGGAGAGGUUGAUGGCAAACCCACUGUACUCCAGACAAGACUGGGGAUACAACCCUAAGCUGGUGACCAAGCUGAUCUACAACUACCGUUCUCAUGAGGCCUUGCUCAAGCUGCCUUCCAAGCUCUUUUACCAGGGGGAACUGUAUUUUAAAGCACCCAGGGCCAUAGUAGACUCCCUGUGCCAGUGGAAAAUCCUGCCCAAAAAAGGCUUCCCUCUCCUCUUUCACGGUGUCAGGGGCACAGAAAUGAGGGAAGGUAACAACCCGUCAUGGUUCAACCCAGUGGAGGCUGUACAGGUCAUGCUCUACUGCUGCCAGCUGGCCAAGAAGCUCUACAACCCUGUGGACGCGUCUGACAUUGGCAUCAUUGCCCCCUACAAGAAACAAUGUGAGAAGAUUCGAGUGCUGCUGGGAAAAGUUGGCCUGUCUGACAUCAAAGUGGGCUCUGUGGAGGAGUUCCAAGGACAAGAGUUCCUGGUCAUCAUCAUAUCUACGGUGCGCUCUAAUGAAUCAGUGCAGAGUGAUGAUUUGCAGAGUGCGCUCGGUUUUCUGGCCAACCCCAAACGCUUCAACGUGGCCAUCACUCGUCCCAGAGCCCUGCUCCUAAUCGUUGGAAACCCCCACGUUCUCAUUAGGGAUGUAUGCUUCAGGGCUCUGCUGCAGUACUGUUUCAUCAAUGGGGUGUAUCUGGGCUGUGACCCCCCUCCCUCCCUAAGAGACUCUCAGAUGGGUGCAGAGGAGCAAAAGCGUACAUAA